CACACCUUUUGUGCAUUUGGAUUUCAGCGAGCACCUGGCCAGCCGGACUCGACUUGAGAACUGUGGCGUAUGGCCUAUCGAGUCGAUAUUCGCUGAACGAGAAUCAACACCAUCCAGGAGGCUGGACGGCAAGCCAAUGUGAUGGAGAAAACGUUUAUGACUAUUCACAACCUGUCGCCCGAUGCCAAUAUCCUCUUUGCCUCAGAGUCUAUUGGUGAUAUCCUAGGUUACUAUCCCCAUGAGAUCCAGGGCAAAUCAUGCUUUGACUACUUCCACCCGGAUGAGGUACCGUUCGCACGCACGGUGCAUAGCCGGGGUGUGUUGCUCGAUAAGGCUGCGGUACUUCAUUACCUCCGAGUGCGGGCGCGAGACGGACAAUGGGUAAGCUGCGAGUGUUGUUUCACCGUGGUCCAUGAUGUGUUGGUAGCGUGCACAAGUAUCUACCGGAGGGGCGAGAAGAGCGAGAGGCGGGCCAUUGAGGCGCCACAGAUUCGACGAAUUUUCUCAAGUUCGCCCAGGGAUCCCCGAUAUCAUAUGUUGGAGCAUCUCUCGCCGAAGUUCAAGAUGCCGCCAAUGGAGCGCGAACCUCGAGCGGCUCUCAUUCUGAACAGGUUCUCACGGAAUCUCCCAGUGAUGUUUGCAACAAACGCCGUGGCAUCCAUUCUUGGGGUGAGGCCGGAUCAAAUCCAGGGCAAGAGCUUUUAUGAAUGUAUUGCGGAGAAUUGCUACGCCGACGCUGUCGGCUGUCUGGAAAGCGCCAAGUCCAAUGAUUCGAUAGCUUAUCUCCGAUUCUGGUACCGCGACCCUCGCCGGCAAGAAGACUUCGAUGCCGAGCAUGACGGCGAGGACGAGGAGGCCAACAAUCAAGAAGCCAACGAGGAUAUGCCUAGCAGCAACAGCAGCGACUCUGACGGCGGUGUUCAUCUCGACAGCCCGAUGGACAUCGAUUCCAACGCCGAAAUGCCCCACGAAAUCAAGAAUGAGCCUAUGAGCCCCGAUCCGACGAAAGCGGAAGCUUUCCAACCUCUCCACUCCCAACCUUCGUCGUCGACUGCGAGCUCCUUGCCCGGGCCACACUCAUACCAGCCUUCAGUCAGGCCUCAGUCGCCCGCAGUGCCGCCUGCACGAGAACCAUCGGCCCGUCCUGCUCCUCCCGCUGCCCCCAGACGCCGUCCAAGAGAGCCCAUCCCUACAUUUGAACUUGAGGCCGUGGUCUCUUGCACGUCGGACGGACUGGUUGUGGUCCUGCGAAAAGCGCGACCGCCCAUCCCGGCGCUUCAUCCGCCCCUGGUACCUGUCGACUUCGAAAAUGGAUUGUUCGCCGCUCCCUGGGGCGCGCAACCCAUCAGCCCCUACUAUUCGCCCGAGAGGUUUCAUCACUUCAGCCCGCCUCUUAUGCCACAGUACAUGCCCUUGCAGGAUCACAUCAAAGCGGCAGGUGGACCGCCGAUCGAUCAACUUAUGCGAUCCAUUCGCGACGUUGCCGUCUUCGCCUGGGCACUGGUCGGCAUCAAUGGAAAACUGGCAGCCUUCAGCCGCGGUACCCCACGAGACGAUGCACAACCUCCGGACGGUCUCCCAAUCUGGGACCCCAAUGCCGGCCAAACAGCGUACCAGCCCCCGGAGAAUCAAGCAGCGAGGCGGUGGCGCCAGCUGGAACAAACCAAGAUGGGACCUCCGCACAUGGCGGGCUACAACGCGGACGCGCCAAGGGGGUUCGGUGCCGCCCCUGGGUUCAACAACACCAACUACACAUAUUCUCAUCAAUUUUCUUGGUCCCACUCGACCUACACCCCGGCAUUUGAGACAGGGCCGGCUUACACGCACCAACAUCUGCAACAACCGGCGUACCGUGGUCAUCCCCAGCAGCAGCAACAGUGGACGGAACCCUCAGCCCCAGCAUAUGAUCAACCGAACAGUAAUUCUUCGCCUCCAGCUACGCAACCUCCAAGUCCGGAGGAACCCCCACACUACCGAUACCAGUGGUCGUGAUCCCUGCCCACUGAUCUGCUGGGCUUUCAAUCCACUACGUUGACAUAAUGCUACUCGCCAUCUCAUCGUCUCGGAACCGGGGAGUUCGGGCAUUGCAAACGGGCGCAGGAACAGGACGUGAAGGGUGUUAUUGAUUUCCCCCCUACUUCCACGUCA